AUGCUACCCGCCAGGCAGGGCUCCCAUUUAAUCCAGCCCCUUACUCUGGGGGAUUACCGUAGUGGAACUGAGUGUGAGCAGGGCAAGGGCAAGCAACGCUGGGUGUUUCUCGCUCUGACCCCGCCUCCGCCUGACCCACAUCACCACAGGUGCCCUUGGUUGACUCAGGCGAUCUCACCCGCUGUGCCCCUGUACAAUGGCAUCAUCUUCCUCUUCGUUUUGGCCAACUUCAGCAUGGCCACCUUCAUGGACCCUGGCGUCAUUCCCAGAGCGGACGAAGACGAGGACAAGGACGAUGACUUCCGGGCACCGCUCUACAAGAACGUGGAGAUCAAGGGCAUCCAGGUUCGGAUGAAGUGGUGCACCACCUGUCACUUUUACAGGCCCCCGCGCUGCUCCCAUUGCAGUGUGUGUGACAACUGUGUGGAGGAUUUCGACCACCACUGCCCCUGGGUGAACAACUGCAUCGGGAGGCGGAACUACCGCUUCUUCUUCCUGUUCCUGCUGUCACUCAGUGCACACAUGGUCGGGGUCUUCUCCUUCGGCCUGCUGUUUGUGCUGCACCACUUAGAGCGGUUGGGGGCGCUGCACACCACCAUCACACUGGUGGUGAUGUGUGUUGCUGGCCUCUUUUUCAUCCCAGUCAUUGGCCUCACUGGCUUCCACAUGGUCCUGGUUGCCAGGGGUCGAACGACCAAUGAGCAGGUGACUGGGAAGUUCCGUGGCGGAGUGAAUCCUUUCACGCGAGGUUGCUGUGGCAACGUGAAGUAUGUCCUGUGCAGUCCCUUGGCUCCAAGAUACAUGGUGGACCCCAGGAAGAAGCCGAACAUCUCCAUCCAGCCCCCAUUCCUGCGCCCAGACCUCUCUGACAGACAUGUCUCCAUCAAGAUCAGUGACAACGGGAUCCACGGCAACAUCCUCCGUACCAAAUCCAAAGGGAGUCUGGAUGUGCUGGAUGACAAACCGCUGGAAGUUGGCCCCCCGCUACCCCCAAAGGCCGAGAAAUACAACGAGCUUAAGAGCCAGCUGACGUCCAGUGAAGAGAGCUCCCUGUCCACCAAGCCUCUGAAUCCCUCCACCCCUGCCAUGUACAAAUACCGGCCCUCUUUUGGCACCAUACCCAAGGUGCACUACCAGGGUGCUGAGGUGAAGAUCGUGAUGCCGGAUGACCAUAAGGGAGGGGCCAUCCCAGAGGAGGGCAGCCGGGGUCACGACUACCGCUCGGAGCCCAACCUGGACCUGCCGGACUACAGGAACGCUCCCCUUCACCGGACCUUCCAGUCGUCUCCACUGCAGCUGGAUUCCUUUACCAUCAACUCCCGCUCCCUCAGCCUGAAGCAGGCCCACCGGCGAGGGGACAAGGCCCAGCUCCAGGCGGUUAAGUCAGAGGGCGUCACCUCCACGCCCUACAAGACUGUCUUCUCGCCCGGCACUCUGUCCAGCCGCAACGGCAGCCUCUCCUACGACAGCCUGCUGAACCCCAGCGUCUCACCCUCAGCCGGCGAGUGCCCGGCGCACCCCGGCAUGCCUUCGGUGGGGUACCACUCGCCCUACCUGCCCACGAAAAUGUGCCACGUGCGGGGGCCCGAACUGCAGCGCCCGCCCCCGCCCGCCUAUAGCCCCAUUCUCGGAGGGGGCGGCAGCCAGGCUGCCAGCAGGCACUCCCCACACCCCCGGGACCCCUCCCCGGUGCGCUACGACAACCUCUCCAAGACCAUCAUGGCCUCCAUCCAGGAGCGCAAGGAGAUGGAGGAGAGGGAAAAGAUGCUGCACCUGCAGGGUGCCUUCGCGUCGGACUCUGGCGUGUACGACUCCCCUGGCGGCUACGCCCUGCAGCCGAGCGCCUGCUACCCGGACAGCCCGCGGGGGCCCGGGUCCCGCGGGCCCACGCCCCCUGUGUAUGGCUCCCGGGACAACCUGGCGGGCGGCGUGGCGGUGGGCUACGUCGGGGGGAGGACGCCCGUCCUGCGCUCGUCUACUGCCUCAUUGGCGCGUGCCCCCAGGACUUCCACCACUUCCUUGCACGCCGAUGUGGCCAACAAUAACGCGCAGGGUAGGCCCGGGGAGCCGCCCUAUCGAUCCCCCGCCCACCAGCCUCACCACUCCCCUUCUGCCGUGCCCCGCUCCCCCUCCUACACCCUCCAGAAACCCCUCUCCUUCAUCAGGGCCCUGGAGCGGACAGACUCGCCACCUCUGGGAGGCCCAAGAGAGGGGGCACAAGGAAAACUUGCUCUCGGUAAAAUAAACGGGCAGCCCAAAGGCCAAGGGCGGGCUGACUGCCACCUUGGAUCCACCCCUGGCGCCCAGGGCACCCCCCUCAGCCCCAACCGUCACACUAAUGUCAAAAAGGUGUCCGGAGUAGGCGGGACCACCUACGAGAUCUCAGUGUGAGGGCGGGCCAAUUCACCCAUCGAAGGCAGUACUGUCACGGCAACCACCACCACCGUGCUAAAGAGAAAGGGUCUCUUUUUUUUUAUUUUUCUGUUUUUUUUUUUUUUUUUUUUUAAUAUCGACCAAUCAGGGGCCCGCAGCCUUACUCAUCAGGUGUCCUCCACUCUGUGUAUCCCGUUGGCCCGUCCACGUUUGGUUGUCCUGGAGAGCUGGGCUUCAGUGCGUCUGUCUGCAGCAGAAGAUGAAAUAAAAACGGAAGAGGACUCAUUCAUUCAUUGUACAUUAUGUGUCAUUUAUUUCCCUGGACAGCCUUGUGUGUGUGACUCAUCGGCAGUGAGGGAUAGCCAGGUUGAGCUGCAGCACUUGUCAGUCAUUUUCUGCUCUUUUAUACCUGUGGUGCAAAAAGGCAUGUUGUUUGGUGCAGGAGCUUGAUGGAAGUUGUUGUUAAAUGUACUCAGGCUUUGAGCAACAUGUAAACAGUGACUACGAAUAUACACAAAUGACCUCCCAUGCCAGCUGUUCUGGGGGGAGGUAGAGAGCCAAUGUUAUCGGCUACUUGGUUCUGACUGCCGGCAAUUGGGUCGUAACGCAUUGCUGAUAACGGGAGUUCUGUUGGGUCAGAUGACCUUUUGCUGAUGCUUACGUCGGCGCGGUAAUUACUGUGCAAUUCCAGGCUUCUCAUGCCUCCGUGUGAUGGCAUAAGUGCAGUUCCUGGGAAGUGCCCGUUCUUGCCAUUUUCAUUUGAUUGUUAUGCUUAUGUUUGUAAUAUUAUUUGAAUCCAGUAUUUUUGUUUGCUGGCCAGACCGGCUGCAGUUGUCACAGUCAUUGCAGUUGUCAUAGCCAUUAAAAAAAAAUUUGUCUUCACGUCAGAAGCAGAUUUAGUUCCUGUGUUUAGGCCUGCAGGUCUGAAAUGAAGAAAAAAGCAAGGGAGUCGGUGAGGGUUUGUUUUGGCUGCCAUACUGUCACAUCUUGUCUGUUGCAGCACACCACAGGUGGAUAAAGACUUGGUGAGGAAAUCUGGCAACACUUUUAACUUCACCAGACUGUAGCUUUGGGCUGAUACACCUGUCAUGGUGUCUCCAGUGUGUAGCAUUUGUAGACACUGUAAGACCCCGAUUACAGUAUUUGGUGUGAAUCACAAAGGGUGAGAUCAAGGCCGAGUCAAGUUAACACCAAGAGUUUAUGGACUACAUAUGAAUUGGAUCUGGACUUCAUCCCCCAUGAGCACCUCUGUACUGUGUUGUGCCUUUUUCACCAGUUGAACUCAUUCCUGUGCUGAUGGAGCAAUGAUAUCUUGUUUCUUAGGAUUCAGAAAAGAUCCUGUAAGGAAACCAUACAAUCAAAUCAAAUCAGCCUCACUUUCUGUGUAAAGCUCAUGUGGACAAUGAAUGUUUUGCCAGGGUAUACAUUUUAUCAUAUGUCUGUUGGUAAGCAAACGUGAAAGCAGUUAUGUGGUGUAAAACUGUGACUAUUUGCGAAAGAUUUGUUCUAUAGGUAGUCAAUAAACUCAGUCCACUUUCCAGAUAGCUGUCCUUUAAAUAUCUCUUUUGAUGUGUCUGUAAUGGUUUGUGCAACUGAAGCACUAAUCUCUAAGGAAUGUUUCCACAGGAAGUACUGUCCUUGUGUCAGUCUUUUCCGUGUGAUUGAUACCGGGAGCCCUGGUAGCCCAGGAGUUGUGGGAGCAUAGUUCUGUACAUUCCAAUACAGGAAGGUGUUCAGUGUUUCCCUUGUUCUGUGAUCUUGGGCUUUGCAUUUGUAGUCAUGUGUCAUCCAUCCCAUUUCACGUGACGUAUUUCAAUCGUUUCAGGAAAAUUAAGGUCACCUCGAGGUGAGGUGCGCUGCACUGUAAUCAUGUGUUGAGCUUUGUGUUGGGUCACUAAAAUGUCAGUAUGUGUGGGUGCUCCUGACAAAAAUCUGUGGUAUGCUGCAAUGGUACCAGCAGGAUGUGUCCAGUUCUGCCAAACACCGUCUGAAUAAAAACAUUUUCCUGAUUUCAUUGCAGUGGGUGUCACACAGUCAAAACGUUUCUCUCCAGAUGUCGCUGUAUGAAAAUCUCCAUUGGUAC